AUGAGUGACGAGCAAAUCAGAAACCAAUUGAAGCAGAUGCAGAACUUCAUCCUCAAUGAGGCCAAGGACAAGGCUGAGGAGAUCAAGUCAAAGGCAUCACAGGAGUUCACCUCUGAGAAGGGCAGAAUCUUCCAGACCGAGAAGCUAAAGAUCAUCAAGGAGUACGAGAAGAAGACUAAGCUGAUUGAGGUUCAGAAGAAGAUUAACUUGUCGAACGAGUUGAACAAGGCUCGUCUGUCAGUGUUGAAGGUUAGAGAGGAGUCACUCCGUGAGGUCAUCGUUGAGGCCCAGAAGAAGCUGGCUCUCGUCUCUGCCGACAAGGAGAGAUACCACGGCAUCUUGAGAGGACUGAUCAUCCAGGGUCUCAACAAGCUCGGCGAGCAACAGGUUCUCCUCGUCUGUCGUCAGGAGGAUAUCGGCAUGGUCGAGAAGGCUGCUCCAGAGGCUGCCGCCCACUACAAGCAAAAGACUGGCAUGACCGUCACCAUCACCGUCGACAAGACCCGUUUCCUGCCCGCAGGACCAUCCGCCCUGUCCAAGGGCCCAACAUGCUGUGGAGGUAUCAUCUUGAGUGCUCUCGAGGGCCGCAUCAUCUGUAAGAAUACUCUCGACGCUCGUCUUGAGAUCUGCUUCGACCAAAUGACUCCAAUCGUUAGAACCACCAUGUACGGACCAACCGAGUCCAGAAAGUUCUUCGAC